AUGAAGAUGCUCAUCUCCCCCAUAGCGCAUAAGGAUGGAGAUGAGGAAGGAACACUAUCAAGAAGAAAAAAGGUACCACUUCUACGUCCUGUUUCCCCACAUGCCACCCAAAAGAAUGUGGCCAAGAAGUGCGCCACUGGAGGAUCUGCCCAGAGAGUUGGGGCACCUCUUGAUUCUCCUGUCGUAUCCUCUGUGCCAGAGGCAUUGGAAACAGUGCCAACAGAGCUUGAGCUCCCUGCAGAGACUCACAGUGUGUGGUGUAUGAUCUGCUGCGACGGCGCAGAAGAUGACGUCCUGCUCUACCAGUGCGACGCUUGCCUGCGCGUCAUGUGCAGUCAAUGCAUAGACGUCCCCUGCCGAAUCUCUGCAGGUCAUCCAACAGGCCAACAGUCUUUUUUCUUUGUCUAUCCUGUCACUCUCAGUCCACUCUCAGGUCCCCUGGUUCUUACUUUCGGUAACAUACCAGCUCAAGGAGGGAAAGCCGUCCUUCCCCAUUUCCUCCAGCUCAAUGGCAAGUUUGAGACUGCGUCAUGCACGCUAUUGGCGUCUACUCCGAUCGCUGUCAUCCACUUCAUCAUUGGCGCAAAUGAUGAGGUAAUCACGCCUGUUCCCCUCCUCUCCCACUACCUCGAGCAUUUUUACCCAAGUGGUCGUUAUGUGUAUCUCGAGGUCGUAUUCAAUGUGGCGACCCACAAGAAGAUCGACACAUACACUCUCAUGCAGCAAGCGCAGGUUGCUGAACUCACACAGCACCUGGACAGUGGGUGGCUUUUUGCAGGUAAGGUGAAGGAUAAAUAUAUUGCCAUGAGCAUUUCGCAGGUUCUAUCUACAGUGCUCUGUCCAUAUGCUUCCAUCCUUAAGGCCGCCAACAUGGUGUUUCUGGUGUGCGGCUCUAUUGUAGCCUAUGAAGACUCUUUUGUCAACCUCAAGGACACCAUCCUCGACCUCGAGCUCGCAUCUGCCAUCAUCUUUCCCGCCACUAGGUUCCAACCCUUGGUCGCCACGAACUUUUUGUUGGCUAUGGCAGAGCUUGUCAUAGUCGAGAAACUCAAUCUGCGCAAGGCAUUUCCUGGUCUGCUUGCCCUCUCAAGUCGUCUUGGACAACACUCCAAGGUCAUCUUGAUGACCAAGGAUGAUACUGCUGAUAAUCGCUGGCUGUUGGUCACAAUGUUUGGGCGCGCCCACCCACAAACUCAGCCGUGGGGUAUUGAGGUGCCUGGACAAUGCCCUCUCUGUGGAUUGACCAAUAGCUGGUCAGAGAAGGUAGCAGUGAUGUUGUUUGAUGUUGACACUGGAGACCAGGCUACUGGCAAGCCUCCCCACAAGUUCCAUAUCAGUAAGCCUCCUGGUUCCAUGGUCAGUGGCACAAGGACCAAACAAAGCACAUGGUUCCAGUCCCCUUCAAGUAUUUUUCCACCGCCACCUUCUCCGCCGUCUUCUCCGCCGUCUUCAUCCAUUUCAUUCAUGUCUUUGGGCACCCUAGGCAAGCGUUCGAGGAGUAGAGAUGGAAGUGUUUCUACUAGGAAGAGGGCAUGCGUCUGA